CAGCAGCAACGACGGCACCGGUAUUCAUUCGUCUGCCCGGUCUCGUCUGGCCCGCUUCGACUGUUUAUCCGCCAAAGAACGCGUGCGUUUCAUCCGUGUGUGUGUGUGUGUGUUUGUGUGUGGUGCGUGCAUGUGUGUGUACGUUAUUCUCACGUGAUACUAUUUAUUUUUGGUGCGCGCGUCGGUUCGUUGCCGUUAAGACAUUUUUGUGUCCGUAUAUACAAUAUAAAUACGCGCUUUGUUUUUUUUUUUUUACCGCCGUUAGUUUUGUUAAGUAAAAGUCGGGGUUUUUUUUUAAAAAAUAAAGAAUUUUGCUUCCGUGUUUGUAGACGAAAUUUUGCCGGGUUUUUUAUUUGUUUUUGUUCUUUUCGAAUGCGUCCGAAACACUCGCCGUCUUGCGAUACACGUUGGCACCGUAACGUUAGAUCGCGACAGAAUAUUAUUUCGCCGGCCGCCAAACGGACACCGGACGCAUUUCGAACGCCGCGGCGUCACGCCAUCGAGUCAGUAUAGUGCCGCCGAUAAUUAAUGCGUGCGUACCGUGGCCGCCGCUGUCCACCGUCAACUGCCGCCGCCGUGGAUGACCACGAUGUCGUCGAUGACCACGUGUUUCGUCGUUAGUUACGUGCCGUUCGUGUUGAGCGUGACGCUCGUGGCCAACACCGUGUUGGACGUGGCCAGCCGGGGCGCAGUAGCCACCGCCGUGGCCGCGGCCGCCGGUUCGCAGCGUAGACACGUGCUCGUUGAACUCAUGUCGCCCGUCGUCCUGGCGGCCAUCGCGUUAUUCUGGACCGUGCUCGGCGUCGCGUUCUACCGGUACGCCGAAUGUUGCGCGGCCACCGCGGCCGCGAUGGCCGCUGCCGACAAACAACAGCAGCCGUCGUCCAAGUCCGUACAUCCACCGUCGCCGUCCGCCAGAGCCACAUCGACCGGAACAGUAAAACGAUCGAAGACCAAACAGCCCAAGGACGACCACAUGGACACCGACGAUUCGGCCACUUCGAGUCCGCCCAACAAGGUGUCCAAGAGGACGGCGGUGUCCAAGUCGAAACCUUCGCCGCCGCCGUCGCCGGACAAGUGUCGGAGGACGGCGGUGCCGUCAAAGCCGCCGGUGUACGCCGGCAGCAGCGACGAUGACGACGACGGCGGCAAAGGCGGCCGCCAGCCGUCGGCUUUCAACAGUGUUAAAGUGCAAGCGGCUCAGUCCAAGGGGCCCGUGACCAAGGGAAUAGUAGUGAUGACCGAAAUCAAGUUGUCUCCGUCCAAGGGACACGCGAUCGCCCGCACCGAAAUCCAACUGUCCGCCCCUCUCAAACACGUGGACAACUCCACUGUCAAAGACAAAAAAUCGGAAAACGAUAAGAAAUGUAAGAGAAUCGAAUACGAAUCCAGCAAGAAGCCAAACAAGGAGAACGUGGAACCGCGAAUUGACGACAAGGACGACGACGAGUGUUGUGCGUCGAUGGCGAUCGGUUCGAAGAAAAGAAGCAAAAGGACUAGAAAACGCAAGACCAAGUACAAGCAAUUACAGGAGUCCGCCGAAGCGAUGGAAGGCAGCAACGGCGGCUGUAAAGGAGUAGGAGGCGGUUCUUCGUCGUCCAUCGUGAUCAAAGCGACGUCGCAUACGGGAACGGCGAUAACCAUCGAGACGACCACGACGACGACGACGACGUCCGGCGGCAGUGGCGGCGGCGACGGCGGCGGUUGUCCGUCGCCAUCGGUCAAGCUGAUGGCCGCCGUUUCCAAGUCGCUCACCGCCGCCGACAAGUUCUGCAGCGAACGUGUAAACCUGAACGGGCUGUCCGACUUGGACUUGUGGUUCAUGUUGAACAAGUACAUGCUCCGGUUGAGCGAUCUGUACGCGUACGGUUUCCCGGUCAACUCGACGAUGGCCGGUUAUGCGGUGUACUAUCGGCCGAACAUGACGCGGCUCAAGAAGCUCAACCCGGUGGCCAAAGAGUUUAGCUUUGACGCGCGGCCUGUUCAACAACAGCAAAAAUGUCAAAGGAAGCGUCGGACGUCCGAGAACGGCGUCGCGAUGAUGACGGAACAACAACAGCAGAAGCAGCAAAAAAAGGAGGAGGAACAGUUCUCGUUCAACGAUCUCGUUUCGUGCGUCAGGUGCUCGUCGUUUUUCUCGGUCACUAACGAACGACGGUACGCGCACGCCAGCCGGUGUCUUUACCACUACGGCAAACUGAAAAUGGGCGGCCACACGUACGGCUGCUGCAAUGGCAGUCCUACUUCGCAGGGCUGCACGGAAGCGCCGUGCCACGUGUGGAACGGGUUCGCCGAGGGCCACAACGGACCGGCGCCCGGGUUCGUGCACACGUACGACGACCGCUCCGGUAUCCGCGUGGUGUACGGCAUGGACUGCGAGAUGUGCUACACGCAGUCCGGACUGGAGGUGACCAAAGUCACGCUGGUGGACAUUUACGGGUUCGUCGUGUACGACACGCUUGUCAAGCCGGCCCGGCCGAUCGUCGACUACAACAGCCGUUACAGCGGCAUCACGGCCAACGACUUCGCGACGAAGCCUUCGAAAAGCCUGGAGCAAGUGCAGCGAGAUCUGCUGCGAUACAUCAAGCGAGACACCAUUCUGGUUGGCCACGGGCUGGGCAGCGACCUACUCGUACUCAGGAUGGUCCAUUGCCGGGUGGUAGACACGUCCGUGCUGUUCCCGCAUCCGCGCGGCGAGCCGUACAAGAUGUCGCUCAAGUCGCUGGCGGCCAGGUUGCUUAAGCGGGAGAUCCAACAGGCGUACGGGCACGACAGCAAGGAAGACGCUCGAGCCGCAAUGGACCUGGCGCUGUACAAAUUGCGCCGGGACCUGGAGGCGGCCACCACGACGACGUCCAGUUGCAGUCCGACCGCCGGCGAUCACCACCGGCACGGCCAUCACCAUCAUCAUCAUCACCACCACCACCACCGAGACACCGCCAACGCCGGCGUAUGGAAUGAAACAGCAAUAACAGUGAACGCCGCCACGGCGUAGAAAUAUACUCCUGAUCCUCCUCCACCACCUCAUCCCUCCCCCACCCCUCGACCCUCUUGUUGUUGUUCCUAUUUAUAUAUAUUUACACGUAUAUAUAUAUAUAAUACACACGUUUUUUCCUAUUUUAAAAAUGAGAAAAGAUAAGAAAGAAAAAAAAAAUCAUUUUAUACGACUUAUUUUUCACUCACUUGACAUUGUGAUAAAACUGAUCGGUUUCACUCACUUUAUAUUGUAUAUAUAUAUUGUACUAAAUACUUUGUGCGUGUGCGUGGACGAACCGAUCUGAUGACUGAAUUAUUUGUCAACCCCCUCAAGUUUUUUGUACUCGAAAAAUGCAUUGUACAAAAUUAACGAUAAUAAUAAUAACAAUAUUAUUAUC